CUCUCUCUCUCUCUCUUCUUUUCUCUCUCUUCCCCCCCCUUUUCUCCAUCCUCUCUCCAGCUCCUGCCUAGGCGCUUCCUUGAGGCUCCGGAGAGAGAGAGAGAGGGACACAUACACACACACACACAUACGGGGGGAGCAGAGAAAAAGGAGCCCCCCCGGACCCGGCUCCCAUCGGCGGAGUCCGGAGGCCAGCCCCGCAUCGCCCGGAGGGAAGGCAAGGCAGCGGGAGGCGAGCCCUCCGGAACGCCGGCCGAAGGAAGGAAUAACAACCCUCCGGAUCGAUCUCCCGCUUGCCUUUGAUUUUGGGGUGCGGAGGGGGGAGGCCUUGAGGAGGAGGGGGCCCCCCUGCGCUGCCCCGUGAAGGAACGCCUGCGAGCCGGGGAUCGGGGCCAGGGAUUUUCCAGCUGAGCAUGAAAAAGACUGGUCCAGCCCCAGACGCUGCUUCCUCCGGCGCCUCCUCCUCCUCCUCGUCUUCUUCUUCCUCCCCCCGCUCCUCGCCUGCGCCUGCAGCCGCCGCCGCCAAGCGCCCACUAUGCGCCCGGGAGCCCGCGGAACCCCCCGCCCCGUUGCCUGCUGCCCAGCCGAAUGAGAAGCGGCGCCCGCCGCCCGCUCGCCGCCCGAGAGGAGCGCUAACAGCCGGACUCCACAGAAUGGAGCAAGAAUGAGAGGAAAAAGGCAGACAGAAAAGCAUGAACUGGAGGCUUGUUGAGUUCCUCUACUUCCUCUUUAUAUGGGACCAUAUAACAGUACGGCCUUCCCAACAAGAACCCGCUGCGACCAACCAACAUGUCUCCAAGGAAUUUGAUUGGCUUAUUUCAGACAGGGGGCCUUUCCACCACUCGAGGAGCUACUUAUCCUUUGUGGAAAGACAUCGUCAAGGAUUUACAACCCGAUAUAAAAUAUACAGGGAGUUUGCCCGUUGGAAGGUGAGGAACACAGCUAUCGAGCGGAGGGACCUAGCCCGCAACCCUGUCCCCCUGAUGCCGGAGUUCCAGAAGAGUGUCCGCCUGCUGGGCAGGAGGCCCUCGACGCAGCAGUUCAUAGAGACCAUCAUCAAAAAGUACGGCACCCACAUACUCAUCUCUGCCACUUUGGGAGGAGAGGAAGCGUUGACCAUGUACAUGGACAAAAGCCGACUCGACCGGAAGUCGGGGAAUGCCACUCAAAGUGUCGAGUCCCUUCACCAGCUCGCCUCCUCCUAUUUCGUGGACCGGGAUGGGACUAUGAAACGUCUCCAUGAGAUCCAGAUCUCUACGGGAGCGAUCAAGGUCACGGAAACGCGGACCGGCCCAUUGGGCUGUAACAGUUAUGACAAUCUGGACUCUGUGAGUUCUGUCCUUCUGCAAAGCACUGAGAGCAAACUUCACCUUCAAGGUCUCCAAGCCAUCUUCCCCCAGUACUUGCGAGAGAAGUUCGUGCAGUCGGCCCUGAGUUACAUCAUGUGCAACGGCGAGGGGGAAUACAUCUGCCGAGACAGUCAGUGCGGUUGCCAAUGUGCCGAAGAAUUCCCACAAUGCAAUUGUCCCAUCACCGACAUUCAGAUCAUGGAGUACACCUUGGCCAACAUGGCCAAGUCUUGGACAGAGGCCUACAAAGAUCUGGAGAACUCAGAUGAAUUCAAAUCUUUCAUGAAGAGGCUGCCUAACAACCAUUUCCUGACCAUCGGGAGCAUCCAUCAACAUUGGGGGAAUGACUGGGAUCUCCAGAACCGGUACAAGCUCUUGCAGAGCUCCAUGGAGGCCCAGCGCCAGAAGAUCCAGCGCACGGCCCGCAAGCUUUUCGGCCUCAGCAUACGAUGUCGGCACAAUCCCAACCACCAGCUGCCUAGAGAAAGGACAAUACAGCAAUGGCUGUCCCGAGUCCAGUCUCUCCUCUACUGCAACGAAAAUGGGUUCUGGGGCACCUUCCUGGAAAGCCAGAGGAGCUGCGUCUGCCACGGAAGCACCAGCCUAUGCCAGCGUCCCAUCCCCUGCAUCAUCGGCGGCAACAACAGUUGUGCCAUGUGCAGCUUGGCCAACAUCUCCCUCUGCGGCUCCUGCAACAAGGGCUAUCGCCUCUCGCGGGGCCGCUGCGAGCCACAGAACGUGGACUCAGAGCGCAGCGAGCAGUUCAUCAGCUUCGAGACCGAUCUGGACUUCCAGGACCUGGAGCUGAAGUACCUCCUACAGAAGAUGGAUUCCCGGCUGUACGUGCACACUACGUUCAUCAGCAACGAGAUCCGCCUGGACACCUUCUUUGACCCCAGGUGGCGCAAGCGCAUGUCCCUCACCUUGAAGAGCAACAAGAACCGGAUGGACUUCAUCCACAUGGUGAUCGGCAUCUCCAUGCGCAUCUGCCAGAUGCGCAACAGCAGCCUGGAUCCCAUGUUCUUUGUCUACGUCAACCCUUUCAGCGGGAGCCAUUCGGAGGGAUGGAACAUGCCUUUCGGAGAGUACGGCUACCCCCGCUGGGAGAAAAUCCGCCUGCAGAACAGUCAGUGUUAUAACUGGACCCUCCUGCUAGGGAACCGGUGGAAAACUUUUUUUGAGACCGUCCAUAUCUACCUACGCAGCCGGACUCGGCUCCCUUCCUUGAUGCGCAACGAGACCGGUCAAGGGCCUGUGGAUCUGUCCGACCCCAACAAACGGCAGUUCUACAUCAAGAUCUCGGACAUUCAGGUGUUUGGCUACAGCUUGCGCUUCAAUGCCGACCUGCUGCGCAGUGCAGUGCAGCAGGUCAACCAGUCUUACACGCAAGGCGGUCAGUUUUACUCUUCCUCCUCCGUAAUGUUGCUGUUGCUGGAUAUACGGGAUCGGAUCAACAGACUGGCGCCGCCAGUUGCCCCGGGAAAGCCCCAGCUUGAUCUGUUCUCUUGUAUGCUGAAGCACCGCCUGAAACUGACCAACAGCGAAAUUAUCCGCGUCAAUCACGCGCUCGAUCUGUAUAACACCGAAAUCCUCAAACAAUCUGAUCAGAUGACAGCCAAACUCUGCUAACCCAGACUUUGCAUACUGAUGUACUACUAGACUCACCUUUGUGCUGUAAAAAACAAAACAAAAAUAAACCCACACAGACACAAACACGCAGACACAACAUUACAAAAAAAAAGGAAGA